GUCUUCCUCCUCCCCUCAUAACGUGUUGAUGGAAAAUAAAACGCGCGGCAUUGACGCGUGGGCCGUGACGAUGGUCGCCUUUGUGCGUGGCCGCCGCUGCUGAGUGACGGCGGCAGCUGAGGGCAGGAAUCCCCCUCUGGUGGGACCCGCCGCCGCCACCGCCUGACCCGGGGAGAAGGCGGCACACACACACACCACACAGAGAGAGAGCGUCGGAGCCCUCCGGUGCGUAAUGCCGGGGCGACCAUGUUGUCCAGGAAAGGCCUGAUCCCGGAGGACUACUUGCUGACGCGCCUGGCGGAAGAUGUCCUGCAGCAGCCGAAGUUCAAGGCGAAAAGCCGCAAAGCGCGCUUCGUGGCCAAGAACGGCGCCUGCAACGUGGCGCACACCAACAUCCGCGAGCAAGGCCGCUUCCUGCAGGACGUCUUCACCACGCUGGUGGACCUGAAGUGGCUCCACACGCUCAUCAUCUUCACCAUGUCCUUCCUGUGCAGCUGGCUGCUUUUCGGCAUGAUCUGGUGGCUCAUCGCCUUCGCGCACGGCGACCUGGACCUGCGCGGCGGCGGCGGCGACUCGGUGCCGUGCGUCACGCAGAUCCACUCCUUCUCGUCCGCCUUCCUCUUCUCCAUCGAGGUGCAGGUGACCAUCGGCUUUGGCGGGCGCAUGGUGACGGAGGAGUGCUUGUCCGCCAUCGUCACGCUGAUCGUGCAGAACAUCGUGGGGCUGAUCAUCAACGCCGUCAUGCUGGGCUGCAUCUUCAUGAAGACCGCGCAGGCGCGCCGGCGCGCCGAGACGCUGAUCUUCAGCAAGCACGCGGUGGUGUCGGUGCGCAACAACCGGCUGUGCUUCAUGGUGCGCAUCGGGGAUCUGCGCAAGAGCAUGAUCAUCAGCGCCACCGUGCGGAUGCAGGUGGUGCGGAGGACGAGCACGGAGGAGGGCGAGGUGGUGCCGCUGGACCAGAUCGACAUCCACACGGACAACCCGGUGGGCACCAACGGCGUCUUCCUGGUGUCCCCGCUGGUCAUCUGCCACGUCAUCGAGCAAGGCAGCCCCAUGUACGACAUGUCCGCCGCCGACCUGCAGCACGACGACGUGGAGGUGGUGGUGGUGCUGGAGGGCGUGGUGGAGACCACCGGCAUCACCACGCAGGCCAGGACCUCCUACGUGGCCGAGGAGAUCCUGUGGGGGCAGCGCUUCGUGCCCACCGUGUCCGAGGAGGAGGGCAUGUACGCGGUGGACUACUCCAAGUUCGGGAACACGGUGAAGGUGCCCACGCCGGGCUGCAGCGCCCGCAAGCUGGACGAGGUGGGCGGCAUCGCGCGCUACAAACAGCUGGAGGGCGUCACCCUCCGGCCGUCCGUCCGCAGGCGGCGGCGGGGGUCCAGCGGGCGUCGCCGCUCCGGGUUGGAGAGCAUGCAUGGCUCGCAUUCGGACCCGCUCAGGUGGUCCACGGAGGUGUCAGAGACAUGACUAGAGAAUGUUGCACCACGGUACUAUUAUUGUGACACACACGCAAACAGGAAGUGGAUGCCGUGUUGAAGUUAUGCCAGACGGCACUUAGGAAUACGUUGAUAACAUGUUUUGUUAUAAAUAAGAACGAUCUUCCAUUUGUUCACGUUGCUUUGAUAAAUUAUAGCAGUGAAAUACAAUAACAAAACAUGUUAUCAACGUAUUCCUAAAUGCCGUCUGGCAUAACUUCAACGCGUCAUCCAGUAUAUGAAUGUUGCACUACGGUACUAUUAUUGUGACACACACGCAAACAGGAAGUGGAUGACGUGUUGAAGUUAUGCCAGACGGCAUUUAGGAAUACGUUGAUAACAUGUUUUGUUAUAAAUAAGAACGAUCUUCCAUUCGUUCACGUUGCUUUAAUAAAUUAUAGCAGUGAAAUACAAUAACAAAACAUGUUAUCAACGUAUUCCUAAAUGCCGUCUGGCAUAACUUCAACACGUCAUCCACUAUAUGAAUGUUGCUCCACGGUACUAUUAUUGUGACACACACGCAAACCAGAAGUGGAUGACGUGUUGAAGUUAUGCCAGACGGCAUUUAGGAAUACGUUGAUAACAUGUUUUGUUAUAAAUAAGAACGAUCUUCCAUUCGUUCACGUUGCUUUAAUAAAUUAUAGCAGUGAAAUACAAUAACAAAACAUGUUAUCAACGUAUUCCUAAAUGCCGUCUGGCAUAACUUCAACACGUCAUCCACUUCCUGUUUGCGUGUGUGUCACAAUAAUAGUACCGUGGUGCAACAUUCAUAUACUGGAUGACGUGUUGAAGUUAUGCCAGACGGCACUUAGGAAUACGUUGAAAACAUGUUUUGUUAUUGUAUUUCACUGCUAUAAUUUAUUAAAGCAACGUGAACAAAUGGCA